AUCAUUGACAAACCUUCAGAGUAUAUUGUAUAACAACGAGUCUUAUUGAUACUAAACAGGAGGGAAGUAACAUAUCUGUUAUUAUUUUGACCAAGAAAUCAGUGGACAUGCAAAAUGGAAGAAAAGUCUUUGGAGAAAUUUAUCCGAAUAGGAUGGUGGAGUUACCGAUCCGCACUUCUGCUAAAAAACAACCAAAAGUUGACAAAAAGAAAGAUUUGCAGAAAGCCCUUGGAACCAGCUCGCAGGUGACUAUUUAUUCUGGAGCGGCAAGCAGUGCACCAGAUUCAGCAUUCGUGACUAUAGAUGAAACGGUAUGGCAGGAUUUGGCAGAUUGCACAUCAGGUCUACACCAGGAAUCUUCGAAUGAACCCCCUCCGCAGAAUCGGGCUUUAGAUACAGCACCAGAGUUUAACCUGCAGGAUUUCAAGGAUGUUAGCAUGAUAAUGUGCGACCCAUCAUCUUUGAUGCAACCCAUGUCCAUGACUGAUGCAGAACUGCCCAUUUCUGACUAUGUGUCUGAUCUCGAGGCAUGCAUUUCAUCUUCAGUCCCAGCUGUGGAAGACUCUCUACUGGAGAUGAAUCUGCAGACAGAUCACUCACAACAAGCUGAGCAAUUUUGGAAGGAUGUGGCAGAAGAAAAUCAAAAAGCUCUAGGAGAUGCUCUGGAUGAAAAUGAACAUCUGCAGGUCACUUUAAAGAGAAAACAGUACGAAAUUGUAUCACUGAAGGAAAGAAAUGUCCAACUGAAAGAACUUGCUAGUAAGGCAAAACAUCUGGCAUCUAUACUUGAUAAAUUAAUGAAACAGGAAUGCCAGAACGUCAAUGACACCAUGUCUGAGAUCUUUUCCUCAAAACUCUCAGCUAAGCGGCAACGAAUCGAGGACAACUCCUUUUAUAACCAGGGCUGUGAUAAAGUUGAUGAGAUUUUAAAAGAUAUCUCGGAAAAAUGCAGUGCAGCCUUGCAAACUCUGAGCAACACAGACUCUAACUGCUUCAGGACGAAACAGUACUCUGAAGAACUCAGUUAUAACGAAAGCCAGGAAACCAUCAAUAUGUAUGGAACUUUCAAUGGGCUUCAAACAUCCAUAGGCUGCCACAAGGUCAGUUCAGAUAGCAAUGAACUGGACAAUGAUAUGUCUUUCAAGACAUCAAUUCGCGAUCACUGCACAAUAAGAACACUAGCUUUUCCUCAGGGUAAUGCGUUUACCACCAGGACACCAAAUGGAGGUUUCAAGUUUCGAUGGAUUCCCAGUUGAUUGGGUUAAUCAGCUAACUACACUGACCAGUGGAGACUUAAUUAAUUGUAUCUUUAGCCAGUACCAUACAUAAAGGAAUUCCAUGCUAUAUCUUUGCGCUGCCAGCAUUUAAAAAAUUAAAUAUUUCCCAAAACAUUACAUUCCACUAAAUAUUUCAAAGUUACAUAUAAAUAUGGUUUCCAUGUUUGUAAAUGUUGUAUAAAAAAACACAACUAAUAUAAACUUUAUAUCUUAUUAUCUUAUAAUUCACAGAAAACAAAAAUGCACUGAAACAAUUGGUAAGGUUUUAUCCUUCAGGGUUUAAGUUACACUGCUCUCAGAAAGAAAAUAAGUCAUUUCUGGUAUAUUGUUGAUUUGUGAAUAGUCUGACUAUUUUUUGCCUGUGGACAAAAUGAGUCUAGUUCAUAUUUACAGUGUAACUAUGUUAAGUAGUGGACGAAAUACGGAAUUGUUAAUGCAACUUAUUCUGACAAGAAAAUUCAUGACUGUUUUCUUUUGCUGCUGUACACAUUGACAGGGAAAUUUGCACAGAGGUGUUCCAGCUCACAACUUGAAAAAUUUACAAUACUUUUACUAGCAGAAUGCUGGUUCUUGCUUGACUGGAUCUUUUGACAGUCCACUCAAGACUGCGUGAAUUAAGUAAAGGUUCAGAAGAAGUGAACAAAGUUAUAGCAUCAGAAUUCAGAGCAACUCCAAAUUGCCCAAAAUUCAUUAUUUUCUGCAUAAUUAUUAUUGUUGGAAGACUUUUAUUAGUGAUGGGUAAAGGAAAGCAAUCGAGUACACACAAAAAAAAUCAAUGUAUCAUUAUCAUGGUUAAAGAUAAUCCCAAGAGGUUCUACAGCUAUAUUAAGUGUAAAAGGGUGGCUAGGGAGAGAAUAGGUCCCCUUAAAGAUCAGCAUGGGUCGUCUAUGUGUGGAGCCACAGGAGAUGGAGGAGAUUUUUAAUGAAUAUUUCUCCUCAGUGUUUACUGAUGUGAAGGAAAUAAGGAAAACACGUGGCGAUGUUUUGGACUGCAUACAUAUUACUAGAGAGGAGGUGUUUGCAGCCUCAAAACACAGUUAGAUAGAUAAAUAUUCUAGGACAGAUCAAGUUCAUCCUUGGACAUUUUGGGAAGCUAGGAAAGAAAUCACAGAGGCUCUUACUGAGAUUUUUGCUUCAUCUUUAGCCACUGGUGAAGCUCCGGAAGACUGGAAGGUGGCUAAUAUUGCUCCUUUGUUGAGGAAAAGACAAGCCAGGGAACUACAGGCCAGUGAGCCUAACAUCAAUGGUAGGCAAGUUAUUGGACAAGAUAUUGAGGGAUAGGAUCAACCAAAGUUUGGAUAGUCAAGGUCUGAUUAGGGAUAGUCAGCAUGGAUUUGUGCGUGGGAAGUUUUCUGAAGAGGUAACCAAGAGGAUGGAUGAAGGUAGAGCAGUGGAUGUUGUCUGUAUGGGCUUUAGUAAGGCCUUUGACAAGGUCUCACAUGGCAGGCUAGUCAUGAAGUUUAGUUUGCAUGGUAUCCAGGGAGAGCCAGCUAAUUGGAUUCAAAAUUGGCUCAAUGGUAGGAAACAGAGUGUGAUGGUCAAAGGUUAUUUCUUGGAUUGGAUGUCUGUGACUAGUGGUGUGCCAUAGGGCUUGAUGCUGGGACUUUUGUUAUUUGCUAUUUACAUAAAUGAUCUGGAUGUGAACAUACCAGGCAUGAUUAGUAAGUUUGCGGAUCAUGCAAAAUUAGGAGGCAUCAUUGAUAGUGAAGAAAGUUAUCAAAAAUUACAGAGGGAUCUUGAUCAGAUGGGGAAGUGGGCUGAUGAUUGGCAAAUGCAGUUCAAUACAGUUAAGUUUGAGGUGUUGCACCUUGGAAAUUCAAGUCAAGGUAGGACUUAUACAGUAAAUAAUAAGGUCCUGAGGAAUGUUACUGGACAGAGGGAUUUAGGAAUACAAGUACAUAGUUUGUUGAAAGCAGCAUCACAGGUCGACAGGGUGGUGAAGAAGGCAUUUAGCAUGCUGGCCCUCAUCGGUGGAGGCGUUGAAUGUAGGGAUUGGGACAUUAUGUUACAGCUGUAUAACUCAUUGGUGAGGCCGCACUUGGAGUAAUUUGUACAGUUUUGGUCACUCUGUUAUAGGAAAGACAUAGGUAAACUGGAAAGAAGAUUUACAAGGAUGUUGCCUCAGUAGGCCUGAGUUUUAGGGACAGUUUGGUCAGGGUAGGCCUUUAUUCCUCACAACAUAGGAAAAUAAAGGGUGACUUUAUUCAGCUGUAUAAAAUCAUGAGGGACUUAGACAGGAUGAAUGCAUAUAGUCUUUUCCCAGGGAUAGGGAAUUGAAAACCAGAAGGCAUAGGUUUAAGGUGAGAGGAGCAAGAUUUAAGAAGAACCUGAGGGGCAAUUUCUUCAUGCAGAGAGUGGUGUGUACAUGGAAUGGGCUGCCAGACGAAGUGGUUGAGGCAGGUACAAUAGCAACAUUUAAAACACAUUUAGAUAGUACAUGGAUGGGAAGGGUUUAGAGGGAUACAGGCCAAAUUCAGGCAAUUGGAACUAGCCAAGUGGGCACUAUGGUCAGUAUGGACCAGUUUGGGCUGAAGGGCCUGUUUCCAAGCUGUAUGACUCUAAAAUGCCAAGACUGUGCCUGACAAUUUGUAAUCAAAAGAAAAAUGUCAGAAAUCUUUGAAAUGUCAAUCGGCAUCUGUGCAGAGAAUAGAUCAGUUUCAUUUGCUGUGUCUUAUAUGAAAAGUGGGCAAUUGGUAGUUUGAUGGUGAGGGAUGAAAGGAAUUGGGUACCUUGGACAUGCAGGUGUUUCAGAUGUAAGUUUUAGAUACUGCUGUUAGUGGGUCAGCAACACACGCACCCAUUUCAUGUGGGAGCUGUUCACAUAUACAAACUGGAAUACUGAGACAUUGGAGGGUCUGAUUUGCAAUUUUGAAGUUGAAGUGGAAAAUUAGAAGAUGCCUCUUGUGCCAUUAUUACUUUUUACUUAUUUUCUGAGGCGGAAUGUUCUUAAGCAAACGGGUUAAUCAUGAAUCUCUAGUUCAAGCUCAACCAGACUAAAUAAAGCAGAAGAUUGGUAUGUCUGGAUUGAGUGUUAAUAUAUGAACAUUCAUGCAUAAAGAAUUCACUUGUAAAACAUUUUCAGGAUAAAUAAAGGUACAUCAUUCUCUUGUUUUUAAGCAAAUAAACUUCUGCAGUACAAUUCCACAUUUUCAGACUGUUGGCAAUUCUGUGGUGGUAUGAAUAUCCUUUGGCUGAGAGAACUUUAUACCACUUUUAAUCUUUUUAAUCCUAAUUCUGAAAGAUUCUAGGAGAGGGCAGACAGGAGGAGUUCAUAAAAGGACAAAAAUGCACUUACAUGUACUUGAAUACCAGAAACAGAAACAACCUGCUGGAACUGUAAGUUGUCUCUUCUUAACAGAGAACCAGAGGAUGCCUCAGACAUCAAAAAAUGCCAAUUAGCAUGACAGAAGGCUGGAAUGAGCAGAAAAAAAUACUUACUUUACAGCCACCCCCGACAAGAAAUGUGGCAGGAGGAGAGCUAAAACAAAAUAUUGCUUAAAUGUUCCAAAAAGAAAAUAAAUUCAAACUAACCGUAACAGCAUAAUUUUUCUCUCCUUGCAGCAGAGUGGGAAAUUUUGAGAAAAUUUGGAAAAUAUGAAAACUAUUCUUACUGUGGACUGCCUAUUGUCCUUUUUUAUCAUCACCCUAAACUUGAUGAUGCAAUAAUCACUGUCUCCUAAAUGUUCCCACUUGGACACCUGAACCACUUCACCUACCUCAUUUCCAAGAAUCAGUCUGACAGUGCAUUCUGUCUUGUUACAGCGGACACAUACAACUGUUGAAAGUUUAUCUGAACACAGUCUGGAAAUGUUUGUCCCUCAGAAUGCUUAACAGUACCACUGUUCUGGUCUGCAUUCAGGUGGUUAAAGUCUCCAAUUAUAAUCACUCCAUAA